AUGGCGGACGCGCUGACGUAUCCUUUUACGAAACGAACCCAAUCUACUCCUCGCUGAACAAACGCCAGACUUGUGCUGAAACUCCAAGAAACAUCGCGAUACCGGUUGCAGUUCUGUGGUUGGUUCAGAAGGGGCUGGGUUUACUUGGCAUUCUGGGACACAAACAGUGGUCGGUAUGAAUAGCUGUAGCAGCGACGGCAGCAUCCAUCGUAUAGGGAAGGAGACGGGACAAACAAACGGUUGAGCCGCAGGCAGCGGAAAGGACAACCAGGGCUUUUUUUUAUGUCUCUUGAAGAGGCUUCGAUUUUUCGCUCAGACUGCGGAUCCAGUGGUUUUUUAUCUCUGAAAUGCAAAGGUUGGACUUUAUCCACCAACCGUUUUGGUUAGCUAACGGUGGCAGUAAGUUAGCCCCGCAGUGAUUGGCGCCUGUCUCCGUGUUGGCUGGCUGGAUGGGAAAGCUGGUGAAGUCUUAAAAAGUUCGUCCGUUCUCCCCAUUUUAACUCGAUUUUACCCGGAGCCGAGGGAUGGCGACUCUGAACAUGGCGAGUGACGGACACAGACGCAGUAAAACCUGCUGCUUGGAGUCACUGGACUGGCACAUCACGCAGCUAGUUUACCCAAGAUAAACACUAACGGACGAAAGCCCGACCCUGUAAUGGCAGUUGAUGUGAGAGCAGCACAGCUGUGCGGUACUACUGCUGAACUCUUCGCCUAAACCCUUUUAGGCUGGAUUUAAUAACACCCCGGGCACAACCCCAGCUGUCACCUGAGCCCCACUGCUGCUGGUCCCCGCAGGUGAUUUGAGGGAGGCGGGGGGACGCAACAUGUCAGGGGUCACGACCGUGCAGCUCUUCACCAAGUUUGUGAAGCACGCGCUGGGCAAGACGCAGAUCCAGCUGAACCGCUGGCUGCAGAGGACUGCCGCGGAGGACUGUGACAAGAUCGACAUCCUGAUAUGCAGCACGUUCGAUGAGAGAGGGGUCGGGGCCGGGAAGACAGAUGGAGACCCCGAUAUUAUCAGCGACACGGGGGGGACAUCCUUCAGCAGCGGCGGGGAGUUCAGACACCCGUGCUGCAUCACCACCUUCUGCUUCAAGAGCGCCCUGCUGGCCUGCAUCCUGACCGCUGUGUGCUUCUCUUCAGUCGCGCUGGUGCGGCAGUACCUCAAGGACCUCCUGCUCUGGGUGGAGAGCCUGGACAGCUUUGUUGGAGCCUUGCUCUUCAUAGUUGGUUUGAUCAUUGUUUCCUUUCCAUGUGGAUGGGGGUACAUUGUUCUGAAUGUGGCAGCAGGCUACCUUUAUGGAUUCAUCCUGGGCAUGGGACUGGUUAUGGUGGGUGUUUUAAUAGGGACCUUUGUGGCACACCUAGUGUGUAAGCGGUUAUUGUCUGACUGGGUCCUGAAUAAAGUGGGGAACAGUGACCAGCUCAGUGCUGUUAUACGAGUAGUGGAAGGAGGGAGCGGACUCAAAAUUGUUGCCUUAGCAAGACUCACCCCCAUACCAUUUGGACUCCAAAAUGCAGUUUUUUCGAUCACAGAUGUGUCCUUGCCAAACUACCUGGUGGCCUCCUCCGUGGGUUUGCUGCCCACACAGCUCCUCAACUCAUACCUGGGCACCACCCUGCGCACCAUGGAGGACGUCAUCGCCGAGCAGAGCAUCAGCGGCUACUUUGUGUUCAGCCUGCAGAUCAUCAUCAGCAUUGGGCUGAUGUUCUACGUGGUCCACAGAGCUCAGGUUGAGCUGAACGCUGCCAUCGCUGCCUGCCAGAUGGAGCUCAAGUCAUCGCACAUGAACGGCUCCUCCACCAAUCACAGCGGCUUCUCGUACUGCAGCAAGAGGGCGACGGCCAGCAGUGGAAACUGCGUCAACGUGGUGUGACGACCAGUGACUCUGGUUAGCUCCACGGACCAGAAGACUCAGCUUUUAAGACUGGACAGCUUCAGAAGGAGCCCGCUGAGUUCUGGAGUCCGGAGCGAACUGGUGGCAAAGUUUACCAUUUAUCCUUCAUGACAUCACAUUCGGAGGGAAACCCUGAAAGUGUCUUGGUUCUGUGGUUUCUGUUGUCGACAUGUUGGGACCACGCAUUCUUCGAUAAAGAAUGGUGCGGUGAAAAAUCCUUUUUGUGGUUUGUCAUCUUAAUAUGUUUUAUUAGUUGGACUUCUUAGCGGUACGUCUUAAUAUCUGCUGUUACAGGAGAUGUCAAUGAAACAAUAACUUUCAGAAAUAUCAGAGGUGAGGUGAAACAAACCUCACCAGCCGCCUGGUGUUAUCAUGAAUGUGCAAUCUGGAGCUUUCUAGAGAACCAAGGAAUCGAUUUUCUGUUGCCAACCUAUGCACCUUUACUUCAUGCGGUUCUGUCUCAUUUCAGGUGACUUUAUCUACACCUAGUGCUCAUUCACAGUUUAAUAACAAGGGCAUUAUAAAUACUUUUGGAUAAUUUUGCUUUAGUCGUUGGUUCUUUUUAAAGUGCCCUCGUUUUGAGAAGUCUCCAAGCUCUUUCUGCUGGUUUGUUAGUUUUGUUCGGAGCUGCUGGAACAGGAGCAGCUUUCGCAGCAGGACACUCAGGAACGCCUCUCCAGGAAGUUUAGGUGAGGUAUGAAGCCAGGGAAGUGAUUCCUGCGUUGGAAGCAUUGAGUCACGUUUUCCUGGGAAAUCCUAGGGUUUGAUUUUACUUUUAACUGUGCGAUUUGGAAAAACAAAAAAAACAACAAAAAAAAGGAAAAUUAGAAAAACAUUUAAAGAAAUAAUGCAUUUCAGUGAUUAAUUUAACAAAGGAAUUUUCACGCCUAGUGUUAUAUUUCAAGUGUUUAUUUUUGUUAUUAUGGCUUACAGCUAAUGAAUUCUUCAGAUUCAUUAGCUGUAAUGAAUUUACAUUACAGCUAAUGUGAUGUAAAUUUACAUUUGAGAAAUCUAAAGAGGAUUUUCAACACCAGAAAUGUUCUGUUUUCCCAUGAUGUGGAAAAGACUCUGCAUAAAUUGAUCACUCCUAAAGAACCCAGAUCCUCACAAAGUGCUGUAGCCAAGCAUAUUACUGGAAAGUUGAGUGGAAGGAAAAUGUGUGGUGGGAAAACAUGCAUUUUGGAUUAAAAGUACCCAACUCUGGACUAAUAGCCAAGUCCAGAGUUGGACUUGGCUAUUGGUCAGCAAAAGCUGACCAAUCAAGCUUUUGCUUGAUUGGUCAGCAAAAGCUUGAUUUACCUUCAUGCCACCAAUUCAAUGAAGUAUCUUAGCCAAACGGAGUCACUAAUUAGAAGUGGCAUACCUUUUGGUAGGUUAAUAUUUCUUUUUUUUUUUUAAAUAUACUUUCAAACUCAAGAAUGGGCCUUGCUUUAAAAUCCUCCUACAGCUGUGUAUCUUCCUGUUGCUUGUGCACCUUUUUCUACCACAGAUUUUCCUUCCACUAAGCUUUCCUUUACUUAUUCUUGGAUUCAGCUCUCUAUCAACUUGGCCUGCUUCUCUGUAGCAGGACAGGCUAUAUAAUUUCUGCAUUAAAAUUGAAAAAAAGAGGGAAUUUGUUUGUAAGUCUUACAUAAAAUUUUAGUUUAAGGAGUAACUGAACUUUGCAUUUUUAUUAGCCAUAAGCUCACAAAUACUUGAAAUAUACCCUCUGUGUGUUAUGCACCCACACCUGAGUUUUAAUUUGGUCUGAAUUACUUAGAUGAAUUUUUCGAAGAUAUUUGAAUUUCUCGAGCUGCACCUGUAAAUACUUUUCAUCUCUGAUGUUCACAAAUCCGUGCAAUAGAUCAUAAAAGAUUACCGGAAGAGUAUGAAUGUUGCAUUCAGUGCUGAAACCAAACUAACCACAAAGUAACCCAAACCCGAGUCAGCUUAGUUUCUUUUGUAGAAUGAAAGAAAAGCAAAAAUAGAGCCUUUUAUUGUUCUGUGCCACAGAUGAACAACUUUAUUUACCUACUUUUGCGUCGAUGAACAAGGUUCUGAUUGCCGGAGGUUUCUUCGCUCAGCCCGCUGAAACCGGCUGAUGAUAUUUUCAUAAAGACGUGUUUGACUUUGGACGGGUUUGGUUGGUUGAAAGUCUCAGAAGCUGACAAUCAGACACAACGUGGACUCUACAUGAUGAAUGUGAUUCUGUGGUUUGUUUUUACAUUUUUUACAAUGCUGCUCCUCAGACAAAGUCUGGUUGAGGAAUAAUAAGGGCUUCUGUCUAAAACAUCCAUCUUGUUGUUCAGGAAACCUGUUUUCUAACCUUGCUGAUCUUGUUUGUUUUUCUUUUCUCCCCACCCCCGCCCGUAUUUCAUUUCUUCUUUUUUUGUUUUGUUUUGUUUUGUUUCUGCUGAAAUCCAGAAUUGAUGUUUGUCCAAAAACACAUUCCAUCUUCUGAAAAACUCUUUAUUUCUCCGUUUUUGUAAGAUGUUUCUAGGAAUUUCCCCUCCCCUUGGAAUUUAGCAAUAAUGUUUGACACUAAAAAGCAAAAAUGACAAAAAACAAAAACCCAACAUCCAAGGGAAUAAAAACCGUAUAUGUGUAAUAUGUUGAGCCAAGCGAACCUGGAGCUGUUCAGUUUCAAAUGUCUGAGUGGUUAGUUGACUUUUGUUUGACUCGUUUGUGUUCAACCUGCCUUUUUUUUUUUUUACCUCCUGCUGCCUCUGAUGUUCUGUUGAGGAACAAAAGUGUGAGCGUUUGUUGCUUUCGGGAGAAACUACUGGAUCACCUACAAACGAUUUAGCUUCUCACUGCUGUUGCAUGAACAUCUUCAACCUCUCAGUCUGGUACGUUUGAGACACGGAGGAGGAUAUUUUUUCACACCAGUUUGUUAGAAAAGCAUGGCGAGAACAUGUCGUGUUCCCCAAAAUGAUAAAUAACGAUUACCGUACAUAGUCUCUCUCAGCUGGGACUUAAGAAGAUUGUGUGGAGUUUUUUUUUUGUAUUUCUUUUUUGAGAAAAAGCUUUUGUUCUUCCUAGCUGGGCUCUACUUAACUUAGAUCUAGUUAUGCAACAACUGAUUCCUGAGGGAAGUAUGUUUCAUAGAGAACCACAGAGGACAUGUCUCUGCAGAGCAGCCGGGGGGACUGGAAGGACGAGAGGAGGGUCCGGUCCGGCCCGGUGCCAUGGAAUGCAAUACUUCCCCUUCUGUAUCAAGUGCAUUACACAUAUGCUGUAUUUUUUAAUACAGAGGGUUUUACAGUGUAUAAAAUAGUAUUUAUCACUGUACAAAGCUUGUUCAGUGUUAUUUAUGAAAGAGAAAAUAAAACUUGACAGACUUUGUUA